UCACCGAGAACCCGCAUCAGUUGUGCUUGAUCUUUGGAUAGUGUUAGACCAAGCUUUUGCUACGAUGGAAAAGUGGAUUGGUAAAGUGGCCCUAGUUACAGGCGCUAGUGCGGGUAUCGGGCAGGAUGUGGCACUUGCUCUAGCCAACUCGGGUAUGAUCGUCGUAGGGAUCGCUCGGCGUGCUGAGCUGAUUACAAUGUUCUCUACCAAAGUUACCGGUACGGGUAAGAUCUACGCCAAAAAGUGUGACGUGAGCAAUGAGUCGGAAAUAAUGGAAACGUUAAACUGGAUACGCCGUGAGUUUGGUGGUGUGGAUGUACUGAUCAACAAUGCAGGAAUCUAUCGUUAUCAAUUUAUUACUCAAAGUGAAACGUCCGAUUUUCGGGACACGUUUAACGUGAACGUGUUGGCCACGUGUAUUUUUAUUCGGGAGGUAGUGAAGGACAUGAAGGCUAGGGAAGCUUACGGUCAUAUCGUUGUGCUCAACAGCAUGUUGGGUCAGCGUAUUCCCGACGUUUCGGUGCCACUGUUCGGUGUGUAUCCUGCUUCCAAAUAUGCACUAGUCGGGCUAACGGAAGUUUUGCGACAAGAGUUAAACUUCUUAAAGAUGCCCAUCAAAGUGACGAGUGUCCAUCCGGGCAUGGUGGAGACCGAUAUGAUCAAGGUAUUUGAGUCAGCGCUAGCGGAACGGCUUCCAAAGCUGCAGGUCAAGGAUAUUACCGCCAGCAUCAUACACUGUCUGGAAACUCCUCCAGAAGUUCGUAUUGAUGAAAUAACCGUAAUGCCAACUAUGAAGUGAAAAGAUGCCCCACCGCAUGUCCACCUAUUUGCAUAUAAUAUUGCGAUUAUGUUCCAAUCAAACACAGUUCGCUUCAAUAAAGGAUGAUCGUGAAA